AGAGAGAGAGAGAGAGAGAGAGAGAGAGAGAGAGAGAGAGAGAGAGAGAGAGAGAGAGAGGAGGAGAAAAACCUGCUCAUCAGACACAUUCACGUUCCUCCUCCACUCGGGCCGCGGUUAUUCCCGAUUAUUACUCUUUAUUUUACAGAGUCCAGGUCAUAGUCUGAUUCCGGAGGAACGAGAGGCAGCUGGAGCGAACCAUCGUUUAUGAUUCCGCCAGAUAUGAUAUGAAUGUCAACCGGUCAAGGUCCGAUCCACCGGAUUCUCAGGCUCCUUCUUCUCCUGCUGCUCCUGCCUCACGCGUCUGGGUGAAUUUCUACCUAAUCAAUAUUCAUUAAUAAUCCUUGAUAAUAAUCCCGUGUGAUCCCGUGUGGACGCGGAUUGUUGGAGCAGCGUGGGAGCUCCACACCGGGGAUGACAUGCUGCGGUAAAAACUGGAAACUGGGAAUAAUAUGGAUUAGAAAACACUGAUGAUGUGACUGCGACACUUGAGAAAGGAAAAUGCUUGUCGGUCCUCCUGUGCAGAAAUCUGUCACAGCACUCAUUUAACAGCUGACGUUCACCCAGAGAUCGGACCCGACGAGAGGACACCAUGUCGGCGGUGAUGAUCACGCGAAAGGUGCGAAAAUGGGAGAAGCUCCCGGGGAAGAACACGUUCUGCUGCGACGGGCGGGUGAUGAUGGCCCGGCAGAAAGGAGUCUUCUACCUGACCCUGUUCCUCAUCAUCGGGACCUGCUCCCUCUUCUUCGCCUUCGAAUGUCCAUACCUGGCUCUGCAUCUGUCUCCCACCAUCCCAGUCUUUGCUGUCGUGCUCUUCCUCUUCGUCAUGGCCAUGUUGUUGAGGACCAGCUUCAGUGACCCUGGGGUUCUGCCACGGGCCCUCCCAGAGGAAGCCACAUUCAUCGAGAUGGAAAUAGAGGCGGCCAACGGGAACGUCCCCCAGGGUCAGCGGCCUCCACCGCGAAUCCGCAACGUCCAGAUCAACAACCAGAUCGUCAAGCUCAAGUAUUGUUACACCUGCAAGAUCUUCCGACCUCCUCGAGCGUCUCACUGCAGCAUCUGUGACAACUGUGUCGACCGUUUCGAUCACCACUGUCCAUGGGUGGGCAACUGUGUGGGCAAGAGGAACUACCGAUACUUCUACCUGUUCACCAUGUCGCUCUCCCUGCUCACCAUUUACAUCUUCACCUUCGACAUUGUCCACGUGGUCAUGCGCUCGGUGGAUAAUGGCUUUCUGAACACUUUGAAAGAAACACCUGGAACUGUGCUGGAGGUGCUGGUGUGUUUCUUCACCCUGUGGUCAGUGGUGGGACUGACCGGCUUCCACACCUACCUGAUCUCCCUCAACCAGACCACCAACGAGGACAUUAAAGGGUCGUGGUCUGGAAAGAACCGAGUCCAGAACCCGUACAGCCACAAGAACAUCUUCAAAAACUGCUGUGAGGUGCUGUGUGGGCCGGCCUACCCCAGCGUCUUGGACAGAAGAGGAGUGAUGCAGGAGGAUUCGCCGGUUUCUGCGUCGUCUGCUGCUCCGGACAACAACAGCAGCAGCAGCAGCAGCAGCCCGGAGCCACAAGCCAUGCAUGCUGUCCUCUGCCUACAGAAACCCACGGCUCCGCUCAUCCCCAACGAGCACACGCCUGAUGACGCCAAGCCGAGCAUCGCUGCCUCGGCCCAGAAGAGCCCCUCGCCCAAAGAGGAGCACCCUCCGCCGUCCAAGGCCCCGCCCCUGGCUUCUCCAGAGGCCGAGGUGGAGGCGUCCAACACCAAGGACAAGACCCAUUAGCUGUGUGAGGGGGGGCGGGCCCUAAUUGCGGGCCACUCCCCCUCCCCAGAAACCUGCCUGGACAGGAAGUGGAACAUUAAUAAUCAAUGUCUGAUUACUGUGCGGGUGACUCAGUUACUCUCCGGCUCCGGCCCCACAUCCAACCAGAAGGGUCUCUGCUGCGGCCCCUCCUCGCCCCCCCACUCCUCAGCAGGAGCUGCAGAGCUGUUUGACUGACUCCUGCAGGAGGGAGGGGGGGAGUGAUUUAAUGUUGAGUCAGCAGCUUCCUCUGACUCCUGAACACUGCAUGCAAAAGACACGCAGGUGGAGACGCCUCUGGGAAAUCUGCAAAAAAACAAGAACACUCUUAAAGCGAAUGACUUUCCCUGUGGUUCACCUGUGGGCUCCUCUGUCAGACUCUUCUCUUCUUUAUUUAAAGUUGCAUAAUGACAUUUAUUGUGAGAGGCCAGCUCAAAUAUACUCCUUGCAAGUGUCUGGCAGGACAAUAAUACUUCUGGACAUGUAAACACCAAACAUACUGUCGGCUUUCGUUGUGUGCACAUUACAUGUCCUAUGCAAACCAUGAGGAGGCAGGACAGGCUUCAGCUGAAAGUGUGUGAGUGGACGGGACGUCCGUGCAGGGGGAGGACAGGCCAGUCCUCAGCUGAGAUAUUCCUAAAGGCUCCUUCCAGGCAAAUGUAAAUCUACUUUUCAGUCCAAUUCUGCUGCAUCAGUACUGUUAUUACUUAUCUUUUUUUUUUUUUUUUUUACGUGAUCUGAUCCAGGCCAACUCCUGUCCUUCCACUUUUUCUAUAACUGAGGCUGCAGUGUGACGCCGGUGCUCUGAAUGACGCGGCUGCUGCGUGCACAGCGACGGUCUCAUACCCGGGAGACGCCGAGUGAAAGGUCUGACCUCUGGUGAUCGUAGACACUUGUAGUAACAGUGCCUUAUCGCAACAGUUGCACUACGAAAUGCAACUUGGGUCGAGCAACAGAGACGCCCUUCAAAGUCAGAGCCGUUCAUACGCAGAUCAGCCAAGUGCUUCUCAACCAGGGGGUCCGGAGAUAAAUCUAAGAUCAUGAGGAGAUUAAUGGAAUAGUUUCAUAUUUGGGGGGAAACGGUCUUUAUUUGAUGAUGUAAAACAUCAACAACAAACCACAAUUGGUUGUUUCACCAACUGGAGCUCUAUCUUGACUUCCGGACAUUUCGACAUUUCAGUAUUUGCACAACUUAAACAAACGUGUGAAUCAGUGAGAGGUGCUGGCAUUUAAAUGCAGAAUCAUCCAACUCUCAGCAAAACUGUUAAUACGAUUAUUUCCCCCCCCAAUGAUGAAAAACGAAUUAGUUUUCUUCCGGAAAGUAUUAGAAAGAUAAAAUCUUAAUGAGGAGAAAUUCACAAACUGGAAGAUAAAUUCCGCCUGUGACCAGUAGAUAAAGUUGUGUGUGUGUGUAAUCCUGCAAGACUUCACGGUUGAGAAUCACUGAUUUUAGAGAAAAGAACUAAAACGCUUGAAUUAUAGAUUGAAAUGUUCUGAAAACUUCUCAGCUGACGAGCGAAGACGACCGACAUCAGCAGGUUGUUGUUGGUUUUUUUGUACCUAUUUGAAGCUGAACUGUGGCCAAGUGUUAAUUAUUGUGCCUGCGAGCUCGAGCGCCUCCUCCUGCAGAUCACAUCAGAGCCGAUCUUCCUCAGAGUCCUCUCUCUCUCUCUCUCUCUAUCUCUCUCUCUCUCCCUGCCGUCUUCUGCCUUUUCAUACUCGUCUUCUCACAUCUGCGCUGUGACAGUAAACUCCUUCCACGGCAGCUGUCUGUGGCAGACGUGCACACAUCCUCUCCUUUCACACAUCUGUGUCUUUCAGACGGAGCGCAGCCUUUGGUGCGAGAAUCGAGAAAUCGUUUUUGUUUCGCUCGAGGGUGUGGUGGGGGAGAAGAAAAUCCACUCAAGGCAAACUGAGAGAAAGUGAAAUUCUUAGUAUUUAAAUGAUUUUAGCAGAUAGCGAGAGUUUGUCUUAUAGUGAUUGUGUUUAUAUGCAAGACAGAGUUGGUGUUUGUGAAAUAUACCUGUGUAGAAAUUCUAGUGUGUUCAGCAGCGUCGUGUGGGAAACGUGCCCGGGAUGAUUUAUGAUCAGAGCCACAGUCACAAGUCCUCUUCAAUCUCCUGGAGAAUUAACUCCAGACAUACGAGCGAGGAAGAAGCAUUUAAAGAAGAAGGGAUCUUUUCAUGGAGCCGUUUAAAGCUCAUGACUGAUAUUAGAUACUUAUAAAAAAAAAAUGAUUAUAGGCCUGAAGGUAACAUUUCUUUCAUUACUGAUUCAUCUGUGGAUGGUUUUCUUGAUGAAAUGAUUGUUUGCUCUGUAUAAUGGUGAAAUAAUAGUGAAUGUCCAAACCCCCAAAAUAAAUUUUAUUAUGAGAAAAUAAGCAAAUACUCACAGUUGGAAAAAAAAAAAGCUGGAAGUAAAUUUUGUUAAAUUUUGUUUGUUGGGAAAAUGCUAAACAAACAAUUGAUCAUUAGAAUAUUUGUCGAUACAUUUUCUGUUGAUAAUCAACUCACUCUUCCAGCUCUAGAUUAUUCCUUUUAUUUAUUUGUAUUGUCUCUUAGGAGGGAUAGGUGACGUGACCACUGGGAGAUGCUGUAACGUGUGUGGAAGUAUUGUUUCUGUGAAGUAAAGAAAUGUAAUUACUGAAUAUUUUUUUCUCCUCCAGAAAUCAAAAAGAAAAAAACCAAGAGCACUUUGGUAGAUUUGUCAUCGAAGGUGUUUGAGGACCGUUUGUAUCGAUGGCUUUGUGUCGCUGUCACCGAGAACAAGAAUGUAUGUGACUGAUAAAAGAAGGGACGUUUGUGUUGAAGCAGAUUUUAAAGGGAAAGUGGAACUUGUUUUAUUUUUAGCCGUGCAGGUUUUGCAGACUGACGAGCGGAAAGCUGUCGUCCCUGUGACUCCUGUGUUGAAAUGACCGGGAUCAGACCUGAACGAAACUCUGGUCCGUGUGUUGCAUCGCAUCAUGUAAACUGAUACAGAACGAGCUCUUAUUUAUGUUCACUUUUAGUAUCAACACUGUGAUUCGACGUGUUUCAUUUGAUUUACUUCACUUCUUUUUACAUGAUCAAUGUGUCUGGUAAAUAAACAAUAUUGUCUUAUUA